AUGGCUGGAGGUCGGAUCACAACGUCUGGACAGUCUAGGGGAUCAUCGUCGGCCGGCCGUCGACCCUCAAGAGGUGCUGGUAGAUUUUUCGGUGUUCCCAAGAAAUGUUGGUGUGGUGAGCUGAUGGUGACGUUGACCUCCAAUUCCGACCAGAAUCCAUACCGGAGAUACUUGAGGUGUUCAUUUGCGGCCGAGAAGAAGCUUGAAAAUGACAAUCACAUCUUUAAGUGGGUGGAUGAGGCUUUAUUGAACGAGGUUGAGACUCUUUCACUUCAAAAUGGAAGACUCGAAGAAGUGAUUAAUUCUAUUUCAUCAAAUAUUGAAAAUGAGGGGUCUGAAACAAACAUAAUGUCGAGGGUUGAAGAUGCAUUGACAGCACAAAAUGCAAACAUGAAGCACACUAUGAUUGCGGUGGUGAUCGGAAGCUUGACCCUGGUUGGUUUGAUGGGAGUUCUAUGUCUAACGAGGAACUGA